UGGCACUGGCUGGUUUUGAGAUGGCGUCUUACGCGGCAAGCUCAAGUACCUCUCCUGCUCGGACAUUUUCGAAGAUUCUUUGUGUGAAGACCUCGAAAAAGCGCAAGCAGCAUUCCAUGCCUGCCAUCGACGGAACGGGCGACGGUUCCCAACUGGAAAUGGCAUCCUUCAGGGUUGCCGGGUGCUCCGACGUCCUCGACUUGAGGCCCAUGCUUUUCCAAGAGCCCAUCAUUGCACAGAGAGCCUGUGUCUUGUGCGGCGUCGUGUACAAGAAAGCAGUCAGGCUUCCCUGCGUACACACACUGUGCAAAAAGUGCCAUGCCCAGUGCGUCGAACGAGGAAGCGCUUGUCCUGUCGACCAGAAACCAUUCUGCGAAGAUGAUGUUGAACAGCUAAACGUCUCUCUCAAGUAUCUCCUGAACCGUACGGUCGCCUGCUGGAACGCUCCUAAAGGCUGCAGCUUUAUUGGCACUGCAGCCAGCCUCUUGGCCCACUACAAGGAGUGCGGCUUCAGCGUCGUGCGUUGCUGCCUGUGCCGCUCUUCAGUGUUGCAGUGCGACAUUAUGGAGCACUUCAAGAGUGGAUGCACCACUAACGAAGUAAAGUGUGAGCCUCCAGACUACCUUGCCACAGAAGACCUCAAGGACGUCGGCAGUGCUUGUCUCGAGAUGAAGAGAGCCACGGGAAAGAUCUCCGAGGACCUCAUGUCGCUGCAGACCAGCUUGAACCGGUGCAGCGAACAUGUCAGGGCGGAGGGUGCAAGAUGCAAGGGCCAAUUGGAGGCUGAGGCUUCCAAGCUUGCUGAACAGCUCUACAGCCUUAACAUGGUCUGCACCACCGGUUUUGCCAAAGAACUGCAGUUUCUCCAGGCAGCAAUGACUGACUACAAAGACCAUGUGAGCAAGGAGCUGCGUUUGCUUGGCUGUUGUAAGCCUGUGAGGGUCCACUGGUACAUUGAGGGGUGGGCAGACCUGAAGAAGAGAGCGCUUGAGGGGAAGUUACAACAAUUGAUUAGUCCCACAAGGAUCAUAUACGAUUACAAUGUCUCCCAAUGUGUGUUACUCGAACCAAAAAAUAAUGGGAUGUCCCUUGGGUGCUACAUGGAAAUACACUCUGGGAAACUGGACCUGCAGCUGGAGUGGCCCUUUCGCAAGCUUUACGUGAUUGGUGUCAUUCACCCCAAAGACCAGUCAAAUGUGAUUUCGCACAUGGUAAAUCCUGGUAACUGUGGAGAUGAAUACCAGGAAUGCUUUCUGAGGCCCAAAGAAAAACCAAAUGUUGCAUGUGGAGCAGACCUGACAACAGCCGAGAAGCUUGAAACGGGUGGGUUUAUACAAAGCAAUACACUCCACGUGUUCUUAGAGGUAGAGCCCUAAUCUCUCUUCAUAUUUGCCAUACCCUAAUUGGGAUUAAGCAUGUACUGGUGUGUUUAGCUUUGCAAAAAGAGCUUUUAACUUUUCUGAGAGCCUGAUAUAGGAAAAGCAUUGUGACUGUUAUACUUUCCUUGCAUGUAAUGUUACAGUGUAUUGUUUUAAAAAAUGUUGCUUUGGGAGUUGGUGUUUUAGCUUCCAUUAACCGUGAUACUUUUGUGAGAUUUCCAAUUAUUUUUUCAACUAGUUGAGAGCCUGCAAGAAAUACUUCUGUGUCAGUACUUUUAUUGUUUCAUUUGCUAUCAAUUUGGAUCGUGACUAGUGAACAGCCCCUAGGCCUGCUUAAAUCUGUUUGCAUUUUUGUAUUACUUUUAUUUUCGUUUUAGUUUGGAUUGCAGAGCAAUCAGAUUUUCGACUUCACAGCUAAUUUAGUAUGCAAACAGUCAGGAGCGAUAUUUUAGUCAGGCUUAUAUAAAUGUUGUUUCUUUUGAUAGGAACUUCAUUUUUUUAUAAAUUCAGCUUUCGCUUUGACUGUAUCCAGUUGAGAAGUUUUUAGGUUGUUCAACUCCAUAGUGCUGUAUGGUGUUUCGAUUAAGGGUUAUUUCAGACACAUGUUUAGAAAAUCGUGCAGUAUUUGUAACAGAAUAAAAGUUAUCCUUUCAUA